AUGUCCUCCCGCGCGGUUCGCAAGCUGCAAAGGCUUCGCGAGCAGGAAUUGCAGCAAGCCGAUCAAGACGAAUCAAGCGAAGAUGAACCCGUUUCGCGCCCAACCAAACCGAAGCUCAACGUUUUCGAUCUUCUGAACGCCGCGGAAAAUGAGGAGGAGGAAGAAGAAGGGCCUGAAGAGGACACCGAAGAUGUAACCCCCCAGCCACCCCAACCUGGACCUGAGCCCGAACCCGAACCCGAACCCUCAAAACCGACCCAAGCCAGCAAAAAGAAGAACAAGAAGAAGAGAAAGAAGGCAAACCCCAAAACAACCGGUAGAGAAGGACUGGUACCUAUGGAGACCAAGGGUGCAGAAUUAGACGAUAUUGACAAAGCCCUGAAAGAUCUGGCCGUCGAGAACAGACCCGACGAUGGUACAUCGUCCGUGACCUACGCCCGUGAUGACUCGUUCCCGAAGGCCCCCGAAGAACUACUAGCCAUCGACCCUAGAGCCCUUAAUGCAAUUAACGAAAUGAAGAAGCUGUUCGGAAAUGUCGUGCUGGAAAAUUUCGAUCAGGACGACUCCGGAACAGGUCGCAGAAGAGGAAGAACUGAAACGGUGGAUCUUGGGCGCGCUUUGACGGGGAGAUACUGUCCGGCAAGCCGAGGACAAAGCUUAGCUGGUGUUACUUUGCGGCGGAACUCCCUCAUGCAAGCAAACGAUGAAUGGCCCCGCGCUCCUAGUGGUGGCCUGGGAAUGGAGUUGGAGGAGAAGCUUCUGGAUGGCUCUACGAAAUACCGGAUUGUACACAACCCUGCGUAUCAGGAUGUACAGCGACAGUUUGAUAUGUGCGUCGAGUCAAUGGACCCGCAGAGACUGAUCCACCUGCUUCAAUACAACCCGUAUCACAUUUCCACAAUACUCCAAGUGUCUGAUAUCGCCAAGCACCAAGGCGAUCAUGCCGUGUCCGCUGACCUCCUUGAGCGUGCGCUCUUCAAUAUUGGUCGCUCUGCCCAUUCGACAUUCAACAACCGCAUCAAAGAGGGGCAGGCAAAGCUUGACUUCAAGUAUUCGGAGAACCGAGAACUUUGGCUUGUGGGGUGGAGAUACAUCGCUAAUUUGGGAAUGAAGGGGACAUGGAGGACCGCAUAUGAAUGGGCUAAGCUGCUUCUCAGUCUUAAUGCAAGUGAUCCGUAUUGCAUGAGACUAAUGAUCGAUCACUUGGCUCUUCGAGGUAGGGAAUAUGCUCAUUUUGUUGAGCUGUGUACCCAGACUCGGUUGAGUAAGGAAUGGGAGCAGUAUCCCAAUAUUCAGUGUUCACUUGCGCUGGCCUACCUCCGCCUGAACAAACCUCAGGAAUGCCGGCAGCAACUACGUCUUGCUAUGUCCCGCUGCCCAUGGGUGUUCUGCAGACUUGCACAGGAACUAGAUAUCCAGCCUAUGCCCAAGCAAAUCUGGGGCAAGAUGCCACCAACUGAUGUCCAUGAACUACUCACCGAACUGUACCUCGCACGAGCGAAGGACCUUUGGAACACACCAGAGAUCGUUUCGUUAAUUGUCGAGGUCGCGGAUACUCUACCAGAGAAGGAGGAACCUGUUGAGCCACCGGAGAUCACAUUGGAUAUUGCUCGCCAUGUAAUUCUUUCUGACAUUCCUCGUGUCACCACCCAUCUUCCCAACCGUUUCGUUUCUGGACGUAUUUCCGCAUCCGACCCUCUCCCUCCGUAUGAAUCGGAGGCUCAUCGCCAGCAGUCCGACCCAACUCCGUCAUAUUUAUCUCGCAUUCCGGAGGUUGGGCGACCACAGUGGCUUCGCGAUCUUCUCGACCAAAUAAAUAACGGGGCUAUUCAUUUCCCCCGUUUCCGACAAGGAGAGGACGAAGAAGUACACAUUGAUGAUGUUCAUUCCGGCGAAGAGACUGAAAGGGCAGGUGUCCCACAUCCCUCGGCUGAGGACCAACCAGUGCUUCAGCAGUGGCUCUUAGGGGAUGGCAUGCGGGCGUUGGAGGCGUAUCUCCGAGAGCAUGGUGUCGACCCGGGUAACUGGGAUGAGUUUAUUGAUUACACCCCGCUUAUGGACUAUGUAGAUGCAUUGGAUGGGGUGCAGCCCGAUUCAGCCCGGCAACAACUCUUGUACGGCCCGAUCCGAGAAUCGUUGGGUGACAUUGCGGUGACAAUGUUGGAAAACGAGUUGGAGAUGCUGCAGGAUCAGGUUUGA